AUGAGUAACCGACCUCGUGGGAAUUCUGAUGGUGUAAAUCAUGCAGGAAAUGCGCUUUACAAUCAGGUGGAUCCUUUGACUUUGGGGCAAUCUAAAGCGAUGAGGAAACGCAAGAUCGAGAAAGAAAAAAGCACUUUGCUGCAGAAUAUAAUCACUGACGAGACUGGAUCGAAUCCGUCUGGGCUAAGGGAAUUCAUUUUGGGAUCUUUUCAGAUGGCUGAACAAAAGGGUCUUGACGAAAGAUCCAAAGCGGAACUUUUAAUUCAGGUUAAAGAUCUCAUAUUCCAGGCAUUUUCAGAGAAAAAAGAACACAUCAACGACUGGUGGUCGCAGAGCUUGCCUUUGCUUUCUCCCAGAGAGACAUGGCCUCAGUUGGUGUGUGACAAAAUAUCUUUGGCAUCUUCAAAAUCGUCUCGUCAUUCGGCUGUUCCGCCUCCUCCUCCGCCAGUAAGGAAAGCUGUUCAAGUACCGCCUCCUCCUCCAUUGGCAAGUCCUCGAACUUCUCCCUUAGGUGCACCGAAUAUGAGCAAUAUAGCGCGUCGGCAGGACAAAGGGAAGAGGGCGACAGACGAGAGGGAGUUGGAGCGCAGAAGGAAACGAAUGGAAAGAUUUUCUAAUGACUCGAUGGUCAAGAAGCCAAAAGCUGACGAUGAGGACUACGCGAAUCUGAAUGCAACAUCCACUAACUUUUACAAAUUCGAUAAACAGAAACCCGUUGUGGGACGAUGUCAGACGUUGGAAAAAAAAUAUUUGAGAUUAACCUCGGAACCAGAUCCAGAUUUAGUUCGGCCUUUAAACGUUUUGAAAAAAUCCUAUGAUCUCGUUUCGUCCAAAUACAAAAAUCAAGAGGUUACAUAUUCCUAUUUUUGUGAUCAAUUUAAGUCCAUUCGGCAAGACUUGCGGGUUCAAAUCAUAGAAAAUAAAUUCACCAUGAAGGUUUAUCAAACACAUGCGCGGGUUGCGCUCGAGAAUGGAGACAUUGGGGAAUUCAAUCAAUGUCAAAGCAGAUUGAUUCAUCUUUUUGAGAUACCUGAUUUAAAAAAGUCCAAUUUGGAGGAGUUUUUGAGCUAUAGAGUUCUUUACUUUUUAAUGAUGAAUAGUCACAACUCUAUUAACGCACUAAAGCUGAAAUACAUGGAGGCGGAAAACUUAGCUAUUUUCAGACACCCAAUUGUACAGCAUUCUCUCAAAAUGGCGGAAGCUUCGCUCAUGAGCAAUUAUCAUCAGUUUUUCAAACUGUACUGCGAAACUGAGGGGCCACGAAGACAUCUUGUCGACACAUUUGUAAAUCGAGAGAGACUUAAAGCGCUCGAUAUCAUCUCAAAAAGCUACAAUCAGUUGUCUCUCAGCUUUCUUUUCCAGCAGCUGGGAUUCACAGGUCAUGAAAUGGGGGCUCAAUUUUUGAAGCAACAUGGGCUGGCUCAGUGCAUCGUUACCAAGGACACAAGCGACGACUCGGCUAAAUCUUUCUUUCUUGAUAUCAAAAGAAGCCGCGGGAUCAUUGCAUCGCAAUUUGAAAAGGCAAAACGAGUUGAUAUAAAGGGUCAGUUGUAG